CCGAAGCUUCUCGAAGCGGGCUAUUCGGUAUAUUAAAAGCGCGACGCAGAGCUCGCGUCAUCAGUUUCGUAACGAGCGCAGCGCAGCGCGGAUAGAGUGCAUACGCUUAGCGUUGCAUCAAAAGUUAACGCAAGAAAGACGAUUACGAGUGUUGUUGACGAGACCUGACCAGAAGAUAACGAUGUCGAAGGCACCAGCGGUUGGAAUCGACCUGGGCACCACGUACUCCUGCGUGGGUGUCUUCCAGCACGGAAAAGUUGAGAUCAUCGCUAAUGAUCAGGGUAAUCGGACCACACCGAGCUACGUAGCUUUCACAGACACGGAGAGGUUGAUCGGUGAUGCGGCGAAAAACCAGGUCGCCAUGAACCCCAGCAAUACCAUCUUCGAUGCGAAGCGCCUGAUCGGUCGUCGGUUCGAAGACACUACCGUCCAGAGUGACAUGAAGCACUGGCCAUUCACGGUGAUCAAUGACGGAGGCAAGCCGAAGAUCAAGGUGUCUUACAAGGGCGAGAUGAAGACUUUCUUCCCUGAAGAGGUGUCCUCCAUGGUACUGACGAAGAUGAAGGAAACAGCGGAGGCGUAUCUAGGGAAAACUGUGACAAACGCUGUGAUCACUGUGCCAGCUUACUUCAAUGACUCCCAACGGCAAGCAACGAAGGAUGCCGGCGCAAUUGCCGGUUUGAACGUCCUCAGGAUAAUAAACGAGCCAACAGCAGCCGCGAUAGCGUAUGGUCUCGACAAGAAGGCUGCCGGCGAGAAGAACGUCUUGAUCUUCGAUUUGGGUGGCGGCACCUUCGACGUGUCGAUCCUGACGAUCGAAGACGGCAUCUUCGAGGUGAAGUCCACGGCCGGCGACACGCAUCUCGGUGGCGAGGAUUUCGACAAUCGCAUGGUGAACCACUUCGUUCAGGAGUUCAAGAGGAAGUACAAGAAGGAUCUCAGCAGCAACAAGAGAGCACUAAGGCGGCUGAGGACAGCCUGCGAGAGGGCUAAGAGGACGUUGAGUUCGUCCACGCAAGCCAGCAUAGAGAUCGACUCGCUGUUCGAGGGCAUAGACUUCUACACGUCGAUCACCCGAGCCAGGUUCGAGGAACUCUGCGCUGAUCUCUUCAGGAGCACCCUCGAGCCCGUAGAGAAGGCGCUGAGGGACGCGAAGAUGGACAAGGCUCAAGUUCACAGCAUAGUCCUGGUCGGUGGUUCCACCAGGAUACCGAAAAUCCAAAAGCUGCUUCAGGAUUUCUUCAACGGUAAGGAACUGAACAAGUCCAUCAAUCCGGAUGAGGCGGUCGCCUAUGGUGCGGCAGUUCAGGCGGCGAUCUUGCACGGCGACAAGUCCGAGGCAGUCCAGGAUCUGCUCCUGCUAGACGUGACUCCGUUGUCGUUGGGUAUCGAGACCGCCGGCGGCGUCAUGACCACCUUGAUCAAGAGGAACACCACGAUACCCACGAAGCAGACGCAAACGUUCACUACGUACUCUGACAACCAACCGGGUGUACUUAUCCAAGUCUACGAGGGUGAGCGAGCGAUGACCAAGGACAACAACAUCCUCGGCAAGUUCGAGCUGACGGGAAUACCGCCUGCGCCUAGGGGCGUGCCGCAGAUCGAAGUUACCUUCGACAUCGACGCCAACGGAAUUCUGAACGUCUCGGCGAUAGAGAAGUCCACGGGCAAGGAGAACAAGAUCACGAUUACCAACGACAAGGGACGCUUGUCGAAAGAGGACAUCGAGAGGAUGGUAAACGAAGCCGAGCAGUAUCGAUCGGAGGACGAGCAGCAGCGGGAGAGGAUCACCGCGAAGAACGCCCUCGAGUCGUACUGCUUCAACAUGAAGAGCACGAUGGAGGAUGAGAAGGUCAAGGACAAGAUCGACGCGUCGGACAAGGAGAAGGUGAUGUCCAAGUGCAACGAGGUCAUCUCCUGGUUGGACGCCAAUCAGUUGGCCGAGAAGGAGGAGUUCGCUGACAAGCAGAAAGAACUGGAAGCCAUCUGCAAUCCUAUCGUCACGAAACUUUACCAGAGCGGCGGGGCACCUGGUGGCUUCCCAGGUGCCGGUGGCGCGGGACCAAAUCCUGGUGGUGCUGGACCAACUAUCGAGGAAGUCGAUUAAAUCGACCGACUCUCACUGUUUCUCGCACAGCUUGAGUAACACUAAAAA